ACUCUUGCCAACCCUUAGAGAAUAUCAUUUUAACGUAUUGGCUUUUUCAAGUUUCGAUUUUUAAAGCUAGUCCCAAGGCCGAAAGGCUAACGGUUCGUGGGGAUCAGACAUGAAUGUAAUUGUACCCAGCAGCAGAUGUUUAACUCCUUCGCGGUCAUUUUUUCGGGAACAAUACCCCCUGAAGAGCGAGAAGCAGGAAUGGUCUGUUCUCCAACUUGAGUGUUUUACCAAGUUAUCUUUAGCCGGGUCAUCAGUAGUGUAGUUUUUUUAUUUUAUCCAUGAAAGUAUUUUGAAGACUGUUGCAGCCCUGCUACCACAGAGUUCAUGGCAAUUCAUAGUUCGAAUUAGUGAACGUUCGUGAUAAUUUACUUUGGUGCAAUGUCGAAUGUUGCUAUUGAACGAAUAAAUGAUUACUCCUCACUUAACCAAUGAACACCUUUGUGUUUAUUGUUUCUACUCAGUCAUAGGAUGGAUAUGUAAUUAGGAUUCGAGGGAAUUGGAAAGUUAGAAACACUUCUGAGAAAGUAGAGUUGAACAGAGAACAGUUGCGCCUGAUAGAGAUCGCGUGUUUUUUGUAAGGUUGCGAUAAGCGAUCAUCAAAUAAGUUAGUUGUCAACGUUUGUGGAUGUUUCUCGCUGAAGAGAGGUCACGUAAAAUUGCUUAGAGACAGAGGAAUAGGAAGUCUCGGAAAAACCUCCGGGAAUGUGUUUAGGUCUUUUGAUCCAAUGAAUUGCGGGAUUUGUAAACCGCGGAAACGGCAAUCAUGAAAUAUGCUAAAUUGUAUUUAAAAAUUCAUAUAUACUGAAACAGCUCUAAACGGCAAACAAAGGACACUUCUAUGACGUGUUGUUCACAGCGCUGCCGUGUAAACAAUUAUACUCGAGAUGGGUUUGAUCAGGAUUUUGCUAUCGGUUUUUUCUCUGGUAUUUAGGACGUUAGAGUCUGUUGGUUUUCUGUGGGAUUUCAGUGUUCGAUUAUCGGAGUUUAUUUAUGGGAAACAACGAGGUGCUAUUGUUAGCGGACCUUCCAAUCCGAUUUUGAAAUUACCAGCCAAAGAUAUUGUGCAGUAUAUAAAACAACGAAGGAUGACUUGUGUGGAAGUGACUCAAGCUUUUAUCGACAGGAUUCACGAAGUUAAUCCCUUGAUAAAUGCUGUUGUAGCGGAUCGAUUCCACGAAGCCUUGGAAGAGGCAAGAGGUAUUGACAAGGUUCUCGAUUCAAGCGAAUUGAACGACGAAAAAUCUGUUUUAAUGACUAAACCUUUGCUUGGAGUUCCUGUGACGGUGAAAGAAUCACUUGCAUGUAAAGGAUUCCCUCAUUCAGCCGGACUUGUGGAUCGUAAGAACACGAUUGCUACUAAAAACGCGAAUGUUGUUGAAAAUCUCUUGCGAGCCGGUGCGAUUCCGAUCGCUGUCACUAACUGUAGCGAGUUGUGUAUGUGGUGGGAGACAGCUAACAACGUGUACGGAAGAACAAAUAAUCCUUACGACACAUCGAAAAUAGCCGGAGGUAGCUCUGGCGGGGAAGGGGCAAUUAUUUCCGCGGCUGGUUCAGUGUGCGGUGUUGGUUCUGAUGUCGGUGGAAGUGUGCGCAUGCCCGCAUUCUUCAACGGAAUAUUUGGUCAUAAGCCAAGUCCUUCCAUAGUCCCAAAUCAAGGACAUUUCCCUAAAGGCACUAGCGAGGCCUUCGACGAGUAUCUAGUUAUGGGACCACUGUGUAGGUACGCCGACGAUCUCAUCUUAAUGCUGAAGGCUAUGGCAGGUCCUCGACUCCAUGAACUUCGAUUGGACGAAGAAAUAGAUCUCUCAUCUCUCAAAGUUUACACUUUGGACAUAGAGGGCCCUUUCCUGACUUCACCUGUGGAACCCGACAUUCUGAUGGCCCUACGACAAGUCUGCUCUUUCUUACAGGAGCGCUAUGAUGCAACAGUUCAAGAUACUCACAUGAGCUUGUUUCAGUAUUCUCCUCUCAUCUGGUCUGCUACAGUUCAUGCAGCUGAGAAUAACAGAUUCGCAUCACAGAAUUUAAGCAAUGAGUCUGAGGCACUAGCAAUAAACCCGUUCACCGAAAUUUUCAAGUAUGUCCUGGGUUAUUCAAAAUAUCAUUACGUCACCCUGACGAUCGCGGGGAUUGAACAAGUUCGAGCGCCUUUGCCCAACUGCCUGCCGGAUGUGGCAUCAAACUUUGUGAAAAUGGGAGUCGAAUUAAGAGAAGAAAUUCAAACCCUUCUCGGGGAAGACGCCAUUUUGCUUUAUCCCUCUCACCCGAGUACGGCGCUUUCACAUCAUCGCCCAUCCCUUGCCCCGUUUAAUUUCAGUUACACUUCUAUUUUCAACGUGCUUCAUCUUCCAGUCACGCAAUGCCCUCUUGGACUUGACAGAAAUGGACUGCCGCUGGGCAUACAGAUCGUGGCUGGAAGAAAUAAUGACAGGCUGUCAAUCGCUGUUGCGAAGCAACUGGAACGUCACUUUGGAGGGUGGGAUUCCUGUUACCCUGGUAAAAAUUCUCAGAAGAAGCAGAUAUGAAUAAUAAAGUCAGGGGUUAAUUACAGUGGAUGCUGCGGAAAGGGUUGCUAAGACAUUUAUAACCCUAAAGACACUUUUCAAACCCAAAUUGUCGAUUUUGAAAGCAAAUUUGUGAAUAUGCCCUUUUUAAAUUUAUGUGGUCAGGAUAGGUAAUUUUUCGGUGUUUUAAUGAUAUUUACUUGGGCUAUAUUGAGUGGUUCGAGUAGCGGACUACAUUUUCGAUAGUGAUAUUUCGCAACUGGGCGAAUUUCUUAAAAGUUCCUCCUCACCUGAAUGUUUUUUUUGUCGCCAAUUUCUAAUGUCUUGUGGGGUGGAUUAUGGGGCUUUUAGUCUACUUUAAUUCUGGUUAAAUAGAAGAGCAAAGCUUGUUUCACUUUCAAUUCUUUUUAAUAGAGCAUUGGAUUUAACACUGAAGUAACUUUCAGGACAUUACAGAUGUAUUAAAUAUUGGAUGUCUUACAAAA